UGCAGGGUGGUUUGAUCUCAGAAAAUCUGAUGGCUGGGGGAUAGUGGUGGGUUGAUACCUUUUUGAUAAGUGGGUAUGUUCGAAUUUCGAACCAUGAAUUGGGUGUGUGUGAUCUGAUGGGUCUGGUGGUUUCAAGAACUGAGGGAGGUUAUUAAUGAAUUGGACUCUUACAUUAAUUGAACCCAGACAAGUUGGAUGCUAAGCAGCCCUCCACUGUAUCCUUCUUUGUUGUUUUCUUUCUUUGCUCUCUGCUGCCUCUGAAAGGUUUCAUAGAUCAGUUCUCUCUGUUAUUUGUCUGCUCAUCAUCUGUGGCAUUAUCACCCCAUCUUGUCUGUUCUAGAUUACCCAUUCAGCUGAUCAAGGUCUGCUCUAUAUAUUCUAUAUACUUGAGGAAGUUUCAAAGCAAUAAGCCAGGCAGAUUUCGGUGUUGCUUGAUUUCACAGAGAACUGAAGUGAAGUGACAAAGAAAAGGCUGAAAAUAUGGAGAAUUGCACAAACAAACCAAAGAUGCCCAUUUGCAUUUUCUUCAAGGAUGCAAGGCUUGUGUUCAAGAAGGAUGAGCUUGGCAUGGAGAUAGCACGGAUUGCAAUCCCUGCAGCAUUGGCUUUGGCUGCCGACCCUAUUGCUUCUCUUAUUGAUACUGUAUUCAUUGGCCGUUUGGGUACAGUGCAGAUCGCUGCUGUCGGGGUUUCAAUUGCUUUGUUUAACCAGGUAUCAAAGAUUACAAUAUAUCCAGUUGUCAACAUCACUACUUCUUUUGUCGCGGAAGAAGAUGCUAUCAAAACAGUGGCAAUUGAUGAAGACGAAAGUAAAGAUUUGGAAAAGGGUCUUUCUAAAUGCUGCCAAUUGAGCAUUACACCUUCUGAAAGUACAUCGAACACUGAAGAACAGGAAGAGGGCUUUGAAACCUCAACUGAAGAUAGUCACUUGAGCAAUGAAGAUACUGGUGGAGCAGUGAACUCUGAAGAAAAAAGUGAGAACUUGGACAAGGAUUUACCCAUCAACAGCCAUACAAAAGAUGUGCAGUUUGAUUCUGAUACAAGUGGGUACAACCCACCAUCCAUUACUGGAGGAAGUUCAACUAUGCUCAAAUGUGCGGGCAAGAGAAAGAAUAUUGCAUCAGCAUCCACGGCAUUGAUUGUUGGCGGGGUGCUUGGCCUUUUCCAAACCAUAUUCCUUAUUCUUACAGCAAAGCCACUAUUGAAAUUCAUGGGUGUUCACUCUGACUCCCCUAUGCUAAAGCCAGCAAGACAGUACUUGACAUUGAGAUCGCUUGGUGCUCCAGCGGUUCUUCUCUCUUUGGCCAUGCAAGGAGUCUUCCGUGGAAUUAAAGAUACAAAAACUCCUCUAUAUGCAACUGUGGCAGGAGAUGUUGCAAAUAUAAUUUUAGACCCAUUAUUUAUAUUUGUUCUUCAUAUGGGCGUCAGUGGUGCAGCUAUUGCCCAUGUUAUUUCACAGUACCUGAUUUCAGUGAUACUAUUAUGGAGAUUACUGCAAAAAGUUGACCUAUUGCCUCCAAGUGCAAAAGACCUGCAAUUUUGGAGGUUCCUUAAAAGUGGUGGUCUAUUGCUAGUAAGGGUAAUAUCUGUAACAUUUUGUGUUACCCUGGCUGCAUCACUAGCUGCACGUCAUGGAUCAACACCCAUGGCUGCAUUCCAGGUCUGUCUGCAGAUUUGGUUGGCCACAUCUCUUCUUGCUGAUGGAUUGGCAGUUGGUGGACAGGCAAUACUUGCAAGUUCAAUUGCUAGAAAGGAUUACAACAAGGCAACAGCCACUACAGCCCGGGUGUUGCAGCUGAGUUUAGUUCUAGGAUUGGUGCUUCUUUCUGGUAUUGGAAUUGGCAUGCCAUUUGCAGCAAGACUGUUUACAAAGGACAUAAGCGUUCUUCACCUCAUAAUUAUAGGCACCCCGUUUGUUGCAGCUACUCAACCCAUUAAUGUAUUAGCAUUUGUUUUUGAUGGCAUCAACUUUGGAGUAUCAGAUUUUGCAUAUUCUGCUUACUCGAUGGUAGUGGUGGCUAUAUUAAGUAUCCUGUGCUUAUUUUUUCUAUCUUCAAGUCAUGGUUUUAUUGGAAUCUGGGUUGGUUUGACCAUCUACAUAACUCUGAGAGCACUUGCUGGAGUUUUGAGGAUAGGGACUGGAACUGGACCUUGGCACUUUCUAAGGCGUUGAUUUUUGCCCUACUAUAUGGUUGUGAUAUAUCCUUCUUGGCUUAGCAUGAAGAAAAAGCAAGAAAGAAAAGAAAGAAACAUGAUUUUGCUUUGUAAGGGUACAGUUUGCUUGAUUCCUUGUUUUUUUAUGGAAAUUGGUGCUCUCCUCUCCUGAUGUUGGCAUCAAGUUUGGCAUAUGAAAUUCAGUGUUGCUUGGAUUAUUCGAAAUCAGCAAACUGUAUGCGAUGGGCAUGCUGAGAAGGAAAUUGACACUCCAUGGAUUCAGAGCCACACCUUUUGAAUAUCUUUUCUUUGUAAUUUGUCUGUAUCUGUUUGGCAUAAGUGACAUCUAUAAUGUAUUGUUGUAUAUUAUUAUCUUUCCUACAUAGAGAUUCUAUAUAUCCAUUUCUGUA